ACCACAGCAGUGCCUGCCACAGCUCUGGCUGAGUCCUUGUCACUACGGCAGAGGCAGGAGCCCAGGAGGCAGCUGUCCCAUGCUCUGCUGAGCACAGUGCCAUGAUCCCUCAACUUCUCCUGCUGCUGACCCUGCUGGGCCCUGGCAGCAGCCUUCAGCUGUUGAAGGCCAGAGAGGACAGGUCCCCGGAAGCGCCAGGACUUCUGCUCAUCCGGGGCAGGAGACAGUUGCCUCUUUCGACUGAGGACUCAGAAGAAGACUAUGACAGUGUCACGGGAGGCACGAACAUACCUGAAGAUCUUGAAAAUAGCUCCAUGACUGCGGUCCCCGCCCACAGUGUCCUGGCAGUGAUGGGAACGUCAGCACAGAGAGGUUCUAUAGGGCCUGGGACUCCCGAUCCAGCCACUUUGGAGGUGGCCACAGGGGAUUCUGCUGGCACGUCAAUUAUGAGGAAUGAGAGUGGGGCAGCGACUACCCAAGGGGUGGCUGUCACGCCAGGCUCCCUGACCGAGGACCUGACCACAGCCAUCCCUCCCCGGAUGGAGACUCCCUCCCUAGCGCCAACCACUGUGGAGGCCCUGUCUUGGGGACCAGCCACCACAGAGGCCCUGAGCACACUCCCCAUAGCCACAAAGGCCUCGUCCACGGAAUCCACAAGCACAGAGGCCCUGUCCACAGCAGAAUUGGCCCUGCCCACAGGGUCAGUCGCCAUAGAGACCCUGUCCACAGAGCCGGCUGCCACAGCAGCCCCGGCCACGGAGACCCACCCCACAGAACUUGCCUCCCCAAGGAGCCCAAGCACUGUGACAGACAGCAAGUCAUCUGACAGCUUCCUCAAGUGGACAAACAGGUGGAAUCUCCUCCUGGAGACCACAGCUACCCCCAACACUGCCCCCACGAGGGCCCAGGACUACAUCCCCGUGAAGCAGUGCCUGCUGGCCAUCCUCAUCCUGGCCCUGGUAGCCACCAUCUUCCUCGUGUGCACCGUGGUGCUGGCCGUCCGCCUCUCCCGCAAGAGCCACAUGUACCCUGUGCGCAGCUACUCCCCCACCGAGAUGGUCUGCAUCUCAUCGCUGCUGCCUGACGGGGGCGAGGCGCCUGCAGCCACCACCACAGCCAACGGGGGCUUGCCCAGAGCCAAGAGCCAGGACAAGCAGGCGGAGCCCGGCGAGGACCGCGAGGGGGACGACCUCACCCUGCACAGCUUCCUCCCUUAGCUGCACCCCCACUGCACAGCCCUAAGCCAGUCCCCCCCACCUGCUCGCACCCUCCAAGGCCACCCGGGCCCCAGCCCGCAGGCCCCUGGGCAUCCCCCUGGGGAUGGGGGUCUUUGGGGCAGGGUGCUGGCCACCCCUCAUGGGUCUGAGUAGACCCUCAGGCAGGCCUGGAGAACAGAAGCCCGUGCUCUCUCCUGUGUCCUCUCCACACCCGGUCUCCUGGCUGACUUGGGCUUCUUCUAACGCUGGGCUUCCUCAAAGCUUCCCUCUGCAGUCCUCCUUGCUCCAGGAAGGACUCAGAGCCUCCACGCUCCUUCCAGUUUCUUCUGGUGGCCACGGGCACACAGGCAGGAGCGGGGUGGCCAGCACUGCCGGACCCCGAAAGCCAAGCCCUUUCUGGAACCCCCCACACUAGCCAAGUAGUUGACUUCAGUGCUGUCUCGAAGUGGGGGGGCCUCUCGGUACAUCCUUGAGCACCCAAAGCAAGUUUAGGACUCUUAGGGGGAAAUUUAUCAGGAUGUCUCCAUGACAGAAUCAGAUUCCUUCCCCUUUAGGAGACUAAAACCCCUUCUAAGGUCGGUGUCCUCCUCCCAGAUGCCCCUAGUCCUCUCAGUCCCCGAGAGGCCUGACCCCACUCACACCGCCCACCCCUCUCCCAGGGACACGCUCAGCCAUGGCCUCCAGCGCGCACACAGGAGGAUUUACAGCUGUCACGAGUUCGCCCCCAGCAAACUCUUUCUUAGAGGUCAGUGAUGGUUCGGCAGGUCGCCAGCGCCCUGUGGCGGCUUGUGGGUUCUGUCCGCUACCUGUGAACCCAGUAACUGACAGGUGAUCGUACACGAAUGGUGUGGCUGAGUUCUAAUAAAACUGUCCAGGUGACCCUUGG